AUGGCAUCCCAACCUUCUCGUCCGUGGUUCCGGCUGGGCUCCUUUGUCCGUCCGGUCAGCACCCCAGCCCCUGCCCCAACUCCUGCGCCCGCCCCCGCCCCCAUGGUUAUACCUUCAAUGAGGCCAAUAGCUCCUGCUCCUGAGCCUACUCGUCCACCUACCACCACUGCUCUUCCACCGCCCCCUCCUCCUGCCGCAGUGGCACCACCACCUGACGCCACUGCUCCGCCGUCACCACCACCGCCUGCAGCUACUCCAUCACCUCCCCCUCCUCCUCGUGUGACUACUUCAUCAGUUCCGUCAUCACCAGUAAACAAAGCAUCAGUUCCGUCAUCACCAGUAAACAAAGCUGCAUCUUCUUCAGUGCCAUCAUCUCCUGCAACCAGGGUUUCUGGAGCCCCAUCAUAUUCAGGGGUACCUUCUCCUACUAGAACCAAAGCCACUACUACUUCAACUACUACUUCUGUGCCAACUUCUCCAGCCAACAAACCACAAACUCCCAGCACUUCUCCGCCAAAACCUGCCAUCUCCGCUACAAAUUCUCCUCCAUCUUAUAAACCACUCCCACCACACACUUAUUCUCCACCAAAACCCACCACCAUUUCAUCCACUGCUAGGGAGGCUAAUAAUUACAACAACCAAUCUCCCAAAACCAUCGGGCCGGCCGUUAAUCAAACCCCACCUCCUUCACCAAAGCUCAAACAAACCGCCCCACCGCCAUCUCCUCUCACUCUUCCACUAUCUCAGCUAAGGCCGAACACUUCAGAUAAUCAAACUGACCAACCCAAGUUUCCCAUUGAGGCGCAGAAGACAGUGCUGGUCCAACAGAAAACCAUUGAUCAACAGAAACCCAAUUCAUGGUUCAGCAGCUUCAUCUCCGGAAACUCGAAAGGCGAAGACUUUCGCGAGUCCCCGAAGCCUAGCAAUAAGUCCCUCAGCUCAAAAAACGAAGGAGAAACAAAAGAGAGACUCAUAUCUCACAAGAAGUCUCCGUCUAGUUCCGAUCACGAGGCAGCUGGCAUGAGGGUUAUCACCGUUGCAGGGGAAAAUAGAGGAGCGCUCAUGGAACUCAUAAAAUCUCCAAAGAAACAUGGAAGUGGGGAGCACUCUCAUCACAUUCACAAGAAGGGCAAUGGCAAAACCCUAAUGGGGAAUCAAUCUGAUCAGAGCAGCUACAGUGGCAGCGAAGAAGGCAAGCACAAAAGCAAAGAUAAAAUUCACAGAGCAGGGAAAGCUGCAGCAUCAAAGCCUACAAGUGCCUUCAUGAACAGCAAUGUUCAAGGAAUCAACAACUCCAUUAUAUACAACAGUUCUCUCACUCACCAUGAUCCUGGGGUCCACCUAGCUUUCUCCGGGAAGCCCAACGGAGAAGGGUUUGAGGCCAAGAGCCACCAUGCCAAUGGCCUCAACAGUUAG